AUGGAUCGAAGAAAAGUCGCUGCAUUCCUUUUACUUCCAAAUGAUUCACAAUUAGAGUCUUUUUGUACGGCUUUUAUGUUACUUUUGCUUAUGUAUAUGUACUGGGCAUGUAUAAGACGAAAUGUCAGAGGUUAUAGAAAUCAAUUACCUAGGAAUGCAGAAUUGCAUAUGUCUUUUCUAAAUAGUCUGCUAGACAAUGAUGUUAAUUGUAUUAGUCAGCUUAGGAUGGAUAGGAGAAAAUUUGAUACUUUAUGUCAAUUAUUAGAUGAUGAUGGAUAUGUUAAAAGUGAUGGCAUUGUUACAUUGCAAGAGCAACGCUUACAUAAGAUUCUGUUGAGCCCUCCAAAACUUAUAUCAGAUAAUUGUUUGGAUGAUAGAUGGAAAGUAUUUAAGAAUUGUUUGGGAGCUUUAGAUGGAACUUACAUUAAGGUGAAUGUACCAGAAAUCGAUAAGCCAAGAUAUCGUACAAGAAAGGAUUCAAGAGUACUCCGUGAUGCAUUAAGUAGGCCAAAUGGGUUAAGAGUACCAACCGGAUUUCUUGCACCAUAUAGAGGAACAAGAUAUCAUCUUUCUGAGUGGAGAGACGGUUGUGCACCCAUAAAUCACGAAGAGUAUUUCAACAUGAAGCAUGCAUCUGCUAGGAAUGUCAUACAAAGAUGCUUUGGGGUUCUUAAAAAGCGGUGGGCAAUUUUAAGAAGUCCAUCUUUCUAUCCUAUUACAACACAAAUCAAGAUCAUUACCGCAUGUUGCCUUAUACAUAAUCUUAUUAGAAGAGAAAUGAUAAUUGAUCCUGGGGAAGUUGAGUUUGAUAGGAGUGAAGAUGUUGCCGUUAAAAUGGAAGUUGGAGGUAGCAGUCACUAUAUCCGAGGGAUUGAAUCUAGACGUACAUGGAGCAAAGGGGAGGAAGAUGCUUUGCUGCUUAUUUUAGAUGAGGUUGUAGCUAGUGGGCAGCGGUGUGACACCGGAUCAUUCAAGCCUGGCACAAUUACUAUGAUUGAGAGGCGAUUGGCUGAGAUAUGUCCUAAUUCGGGCUUGCGACCAAAUCCACACAUUGAGUCAAAGCUGAAAAAGUGGAAGAAGCAAUACGGUAUAAUAUAUGAUAUGCUAAACAAAAGUGGCUUCGGAUGGAAUGACUCUCUUAAAUGUGUGGACGUUGAUAGUGACGAAGUUUGGAAAGCAUAUGUGCAGAGUAACCCAAGUGCAAAGGCAUGGAGAAGUAAACCGUUUCCGCUAUAUGAGAGGCUUGCUAGUAUUUUUGGAAAGGAUCGGGCAACAGGACAUGGAGCACAAACUCCAAUUGAUAUGGUCAAUGAUUUGAAUUUGGAGAGUGGAAAUGAACAAUUUAAUGAUGUAUGUUCUCCAAUGUCUGUGAAUGAAAUCCAUAGUGAACCGUCUACCCGACCCAAAUCAAGAGGUAAGAGAAAAUCUGGAAUGAAGGAUGAUGACAUUGUGAGCGGGUUUGGCAAUGUAGCAGAGAAAUUGUUUGAUAAAUUGGCUGCAAAGUUAGAUAAAUCGGAAGCCAAUUAUCCACAAUACUUAGCUAUGGAGCUAGACAGGUUAGGCUUCUCUGUUGAUGACAAUCUCGAAAUCUCUAAGGCAAUGAGAUUGGAUCCAUCGAACGUUGAGGUUUUUAAGAUUAUUAGAACGGAUACGGGCAAGAUUGAAUUUGCUAGAAAAUUUUUAAAUUACUAGGUGUUGCUGUGUAUCAUAUAUUUAAGACUAUGUAUGAGGGGAUAAUAACUAUGAACACUUGGAUGUGAACUUUAUGGACAUAUGUUGUAUGGUCGUUUAUGGACAUGUGGUAUGGUAAUGGAUGUUAGUAUUUAAUUAUGUAUGUAAAGACACUUAUAUGAAGCAUGUGUUAUGUUUUAGUGUAUUAAUAUGCACCUGAUUGAUUUAGUUAAUUGUUAUUUUGUCUAAUUUUAUUAUUAUCUUAUCAUAUUAUGUUAUAAUUUAUUAUAAUAUGCAGGAACAUUAAAUGGCAAGGAGAAGAGUUUAUGUUGUGUUUGAAGGUAGACAACCAGGAAUAUAUAAUUCUUGGCCUGAAUGUCAUCAACAGGUGCAAGGAUUUAAGGAUAAUUUAUAUCAAGCCUAUAAUACAACUGAAGAAGCUGAAAUAGCAUAUGCUGAGUAUGUAGAACGAAUGAUGAGGAAUCUAAAUGAGGCAAAUCCAAUACAACAUAUCACCGCACAUACACGUGCCAACUUGAAUAAUGAGUGGCGUAAUGGUUUUAU